GUUACCGAUAUUAUAUCUUUACAUUUAUUGAACUGCCUUCUAUCAGUUCCACCUCUAUUGUUCGCUGCGAUGCACGCUCUAAACAGGAUCGAAACAUUUUUAGACUGCCUAAUAAAAAUUACAAAGAUACCCAUAGUUGAUGCGAAUGAUGUUUCAGCACCUAAAUAUCUGGUGCCGAUAGUGCUUCUUUGCAGUACAUUAAUUCUAACGACAGCCGUCCUGUUUAAAGAAAACAUCUAUGGUAUACUCUUUGCCGCAUGCAAAACAGUUAUAUUUAGCGAGCUACUCUUGUUGGAACUGCAAUUUUCUUAUAUAGCAGAGUUAAUCAACACCAGAUUUCAGGAUGUAAAUAGACGCCUCAAAGAGAUUGUGUGUCAAAUGCAACAAGAAGACAACAUGGUCCCAUACCGUAGAUUGCAGGUGGCUCAUAAGAUCCACAAAAUAAACAAUUCGUUUACAACAACGACCAAUGUGGCUAAAGAAUUAAACGACACAGAAAAUAGCUUACUGUUCCUUCACAUCGUUGCCUUCAUCGUGCAAUUCAUUAUAUCUGCUACAAACUUACUUGAAACCUCUUACCUAAGGCAAAAGAUAACAGUUUCAAGUCCAAGUAGUAACAGUAGAAUCAUAUAUUUCUCUUGCUGGAUUUCGUAUGAAAUCGUAAAAGGUUUAGUUCUAAUAGAGCCUUCUCAUGAACAUCAAGAACAAAUGAAACUGACAAGAAUUCUGGUGGCUGAAAUUAUGACACAUGUGACCUCUGAAAGCGAUUUGAUUCUGGAUGCAAUUACUAACUUUUAUAAACAUUUGCUGCUUAACAAUUUUGCAUACUCAACCAUGGGCGUUUUCAAUCUCGAAAGAUCACUUAUAUGCAAGAUCGUUGGCGUUGUUAUAGCAGUUAUAGUUUUGUUCAUAUAGGUAACUAUCAAAACAGAUAAGAAUCAAGAGUGAAAUCUGCUUUUCCAAGGAAAAUUCUAUAUUAAAAAUAAAUCUAUUGCACAAUUAAUACAUAGUUUCUACUGUGAUACAAUUCAUGUCAUGGGAUCUGUAUCAGCUAACCACAUAUUAAUGAGGACUACCGUUUUACUUGCUGGCGGGACACGCACGGGACAUUUCUAUUCAAGCGUCUAAUGAGCAAUGACUGAAACCUUGUUGAUAUGAUUUCUAUGAUUGAAACUAAUUUAUGGAAAUAUACCAAGCAUGCACGGGUAGGUAACGUGGACGGACGCAGGCCGGCGCAUCGCGGCUAGUCUUAAUUUGUUAACAUCGAGAAUGUAAACAAAACUUAGGUUCUGAAGAAAUUAUAAUCGGUAUUUUAUUUACCUUCUAU